CCGCGCGGCGGCUGAGGCGGCGGCUCCCCGCGCCCGCGCGCCGAGGCGAUGCCGGACCAGAUCUCCGUGUCGGAAUUCGUGGCGGAGACCCAUGAGGACUACAAGGCGCCCACGGCCUCGAGCUUCACCACGCGCACGGCGCAGUGCCGGAACACGGUGGCGGCCAUCGAGGAGGCUUUGGACGUGGACCGGAUGGUUCUUUACAAAAUGAAGAAAUCCGUAAAAGCAAUAAAUAUCUCUGGGCUGGCUCACGUGGAAAAUGAAGAGCAGUACACCCAGGCUCUGGAGAAGUUUGGUGGCAACUGUGUGUGCAGAGAUGACCCGGAUUUAGGAAGUGCAUUCCUGAAGUUCUCAGUGUUUACCAAGGAGCUGACAGCACUUUUCAAAAACCUGAUUCAGAAUAUGAACAACAUCAUCUCCUUCCCCUUGGACAGUCUGCUGAAGGGAGACCUGAAAGGAGUGAAAGGGGAUCUGAAAAAGCCUUUUGAUAAAGCUUGGAAGGACUAUGAAACAAAAAUAACCAAAAUUGAAAAGGAGAAGAAGGAGCAUGCCAAGCUGCAUGGGAUGAUUCGCACCGAAAUCAGUGGGGCUGAAAUUGCUGAAGAGAUGGAAAAGGAGCGGCGGCUUUUCCAGCUACAGAUGUGCGAGUAUCUGCUGAAGGUCAAUGAAAUUAAAAUUAAGAAGGGAGUGGAUUUGCUGCAGAAUCUGAUCAAAUACUUUCAUGCUCAGUGCAACUUUUUCCAGGAUGGACUGAAGGCGGUUGAGAGCCUCAAGCCUUCCAUUGAGACGCUUUCAACAGACCUUCACACAAUAAAGCAGGCCCAGGAUGAAGAGAGAAGGCAGUUGAUACAGCUUCGAGAUAUUUUGAAAUCAGCAUUGCAAGUUGAACAGAAAGAGUCUAGGAGAGAUUCACAGAUUCGCCAGAGUACAGCCUAUAGUUUACAUCAGCCUCAGGGAAACAAAGAACACGGGACUGAGCGGAAUGGCAACCUAUAUAAGAAGAGCGAUGGGAUCCGAAAAGUGUGGCAGAAAAGGAAAUGUUCAGUUAAAAACGGUUUUCUGACCAUAUCCCACGGCACCGCUAACCGGCCUCCUGCGAAGCUCAACCUAUUAACCUGCCAAGUGAAGACCAACCCCGAGGAGAAAAAGUGUUUUGACCUUAUUUCACAUGACAGGACGUACCAUUUCCAGGCAGAGGAUGAGCAGGAAUGUCAAAUUUGGAUGUCUGUGCUGCAGAACAGCAAAGAAGAAGCUUUAAACAAUGCAUUUAAGGGGGAUGACAAUACCGGGGAAAAUAACAUAGUCCAAGAACUGACAAAGGAGAUCAUCUCCGAAGUGCAGAAGAUGACGGGCAAUGACGUGUGUUGCGACUGUGGGGCGCCAGAUCCUACAUGGCUUUCCACCAAUCUGGGCAUCCUGACCUGCAUUGAGUGUUCUGGAAUCCACCGGGAGCUCGGGGUUCACUAUUCCCGGAUGCAGUCCCUCACAUUAGAUGUCUUAGGAACAUCUGAGCUGCUGCUUGCCAAGAAUAUUGGGAAUGCAGGCUUUAAUGAGAUUAUGGAGUAUUGCCUUCCAGCUGAGGACUCCGUCAAACCCAACCCGGGCAGCGACAUGAAUGCCAGAAAGGACUACAUUACUGCCAAGUACAUUGAGAGGAAAUACGCGAGGAAGAGGCACGCGGACAAUGCAGCAAAACUUCACAGCCUUUGUGAGGCCGUCAAAACAAGAGAUAUUUUUGGUUUACUCCAGGCGUAUGCUGACGGUGUGGAUCUUACAGAAAAAAUCCCACUGGCCAAUGGACAUGAGCCAGAUGAAACCGCCCUCCAUCUGGCGGUCAGAUCGGUGGACCGGACUUCUCUCCACAUCGUUGACUUUUUAGUCCAGAACAGUGGGAACCUGGAUAAACAGACGGGGAAGGGCAGCACCGCCCUGCACUACUGCUGUCUGACGGACAACGCCGAGUGCCUCAAGCUCCUCCUGCGGGGAAAGGCGUCCAUCGAGACGGCUAAUGAGUCCGGAGAGACACCGCUGGACAUCGCCAAACGCCUCAGGCACGAGCACUGCGAGGAGCUGCUGACGCAGGCCUUAUCUGGGAGGUUCAACUCUCAUGUCCAUGUCGAGUACGAGUGGCGACUGCUCCACGAAGACCUGGAUGAGAGCGAUGACGAUGUGGACGAGAAAUUGCAGCCCAGCCCCAGUCGGCGAGAAGACCGGCCCGUCAGCUUCUACCAGCUGGGCUCCAACCAGCUGCAGUCUAAUGCCGCAUCUUUGGCCAGAGAUGCCGCCAGCCUGGCCAAGGACAAGCAGAGGAGCUUUGUGCCCAGCAUCUUGCAGAACGAGACGUACGGAGCGAUCCUCAGUGGCAGCCCGCCACCCACCCAGCCUGCGGCCCCCAGCACCGCCAGCGCCCCCCCGCUGCCCCCACGGAAUGUUGCCAAAGUUCAGACAGCCUCCUCCGCUACCGCCCUGUGGAAGACAAACUCUGUAAGUGUGGACGGUGCAAGCAGGCAGCGAUCUUCGUCAGAUCCGCCAGCUGUCCAUCCACCGCUGCCCCCUCUCCGCGUGACAUCUACCAAUCCCUUGGCUCCCACACCGCCCCCUCCAGUAGCAAAAACGCCCAGUGUGAUAGAAGCCUUGAACCAGCAGAGCAAGCCUGCCCAGCCUGGGAUCUCACUGAGCAAAGCCCCACCCCCGCCCCUGCCGCCCCAGCCGCCCAGCCGCCUCCCCCAGAAGAGGCCUGCUCCCGGGGCUGACAAGUCAACCCCGCUGAUCAACAAAGGCCAGCCGAGAGGACCUGCAGCAGAUCUCUCUGGAACGGAAGUUCUGGGUCCUCUGUCCAACACUGGAGUCCUGCAGCCCCCAGCCCCCAUGCCCAGGAAGUCACAGACAACCAAGUUAAAGCCCAAGCGGGUCAAAGCUCUCUAUAACUGUGUGGCUGACAACCCAGACGAGCUGACAUUCUCUGAGGGGGAUGUGAUUAUCGUGGAUGGAGAGGAGGACCAAGAGUGGUGGAUUGGCCACAUCGAUGGAGAUCCCAGUCGCAAAGGAGCAUUUCCCGUAUCAUUUGUGCACUUUAUUGCUGACUGAAUUGCUACUGAACAAAAAUACUUCUUUUAACAGUUAUGUUCCUGUUUUGUUAUUGGUACCAAAACUCUUGCCAGAUGACCAGUUUCAUGAAAUGUAUCGUGCAGUAGCCCACUUUCUCUAACGCCACUCUUCUGUUUUUACAAGCUCAAAGGCAACUUGUAUGUGUAAAUGAAUUGUUUUUAUAAUUUGUGGUUUUCAUGAAAUAACUGCCAUACUUUUUAUUAGGAAAAACUGAAUUUCCUAAAAGGUGAACUGAAAAGUUAUUUUAACUAAUCAAGAUCGUCAUUCUGCAGAUUUAGCUAAACCUAAGUGUUUGAGUACUAGAAAGACAUCUUCCAGCCUUUCCUCGGUCCGAUUCUAGAGUCGGUGACCACUAGUGCAAUUGUCUUUGGAAGUCAGUAAACUUGCUUUAGAAAUAGCCCAGCCCCAGACUUUCUAGAAAAAAAUGCUAUCAGUUCACCUUAAAGACUUUCUUUUUUAAACAUACAUACAUUUAAUGAUUUCCUUUGGAAUCCACCCAAGGUUUAGUUAAAGCAACUUGGAAAUUUACACCUUAGCAUUGUACCUUCCAGCCCUAAUUUGUGAGGUUGCAACUCUCAUUGUAUCCUGCAUGUGCGUGUAGCCUGUUGUGAACAACCCUACCUAGCAAAACUACCCAUGGUUUAUAUUACGGCAUAUGGUAAUAGCUAAUUCAGCUCCACGUUCUAGAAACCUGCAUUUCCUGAAUUUGGUUAAAAACUAAGGAUGAUGGAUUGCAAAACAGUUCUUUAAACUAGUUGGUAUGCUUUAGGUGUUUUGGAAUUCACCUUCUCGACCCUCCUCCGUCGCCCAGCUAGCACGUUCACACACACUUGCUGUUUCCUAUUGGGUGUACCACUGCCUUCCCUUCCCGGCUCCCGGGAAUGUGUACUCAAUUUAGUGUCUUGUAUUUAUAUGCUAUACCAACAGGAAUGGUAGUUAUAUUGUCUUGAGAUCGAAUCUGUCCGUUUGUUUGUAAUCAAGAGCAUAUCCGAAAUCUGUAGGUCCCAGGUAAUAAGAUACUCCCAAAUAAGAUACUCCCGAAUACUCCCGACAGAUCGAAUCUGUCCGUUUGUUUGUAAUCAAGAGCAUAUCCGAAAUCUGUAGGUCCCAGGUAAUAAGAUACUCCCGAACACACAUCCCAGUUUCAUGACCAAAGUCCAUCAUGUUAUUCUUAAACUGAAGCUACUGGGGGUGGGGGGUUAGGUUGUGUGUGAUAAAUCAGAAUUCAUUAGUUUAAUGAACUUGACUGUCAUACCUCUCUUUAGUAAUUGUGAGCAUAAGAUUCAUAAUAGGAAUAUUGGACAUUUUGGCACUCUUUGAGAAUAAAUAGGCCUACAAGGCCCACUCGGAUUUUUACCAGAAGUGAAGAGAUAAGCUUAGGUCUGGGCUUGGAAAGCGAGGCAGCGAUGCUUUCAUCGCAUGGUGACAAUGGUACAUUUGAUUGGAGCAGCCCGUCUUUAUUAGGCAGUUUUUUUUUUUUUAAAUUGCAUUGUACUUUGUGUUGCUAUUAUAAAGGAAAACAGAACAAACUGGAAUGUUUUACGAUGUUGUGUGGCAAUGGCUUUUUGCCCUCCAAAGUUCCGGGUAAAAAUGUGUUAGAUCUGUAAUUAAAGUUUUUGGGUUUUGUUUUUUUUUUUUAAAGCACUACAUCUAUUUUCACUAAUUGUUCAUUUCCGUUGUUUGAACCCUUCUUUUAGUUAAUUCUCUCUAGAUUUAAGAAAGUAAACAGAUAUAUUUUGCACAGUGCACUUAUGUAUAUUUUAACACAGUCCUCUUGCAUCUGUGUCUUAUAAUCAGCCUUUUGACUACUUGGUGCCAGCUAUCUAAGGAAUUAAAGUUGAUCCUCACCAACAUUUAAACACCAGUCCCAAACUAAUCUAUCAGGUUCACUGGUACAUAAAUAUCUAGGAAAUAUUUUUUCCAGUUGACAAUUUGGUGGUGCUAUUGUGCAGUAAAUAAUAUUACUCUUGCCAGAGGAGAAAUUAUAUUAACUUCCCUGCUAACAUCCUUUCCUAGUAAUUUGCUCUUUGCAAAUUAAAAACCAACCGAGAGGAAGGAAAACAUUGUAGAUAUCUAUUUAUAUUUAAAGUUUACUUUUCAUGAACUUAGCUGCAGGAUUCUGGCAUUGUGCAUGCCAUCUUCCAUCAGAUCUGACUUCUAGGGAUGAGGACUCCAACAUGUGCACAGACUCCUAGGUCCUGUGUGAUCUGCUACGGGGUGGAGAGAAUAAUAUGCAGCUUGGAAUGCUAUCUGAGAUGUAUGAUACUCGAUUCAUUCACUUGAUUACUUCGAUCUAGUUGCAGCGCAACUGUAUAUAUUGUAUAACCUAAAUCAAUUCUUAUUUUCGUUGUCUUUAAUGCAGUGAUUUAUAACUAGAGCAUGUUCAAUAAGUUGAUUCUUCCUGUUAACUAGUCAUUUGAGACUGGAAAAAAAAUAAAAUACUUUUAAAUGGA